CUGUGUGGCGCGAGCGGCAUAAGCCUCGUGAAUGUCAUUAAAAAUAUAAAAAUAGUUCUAAUAAAUUGUAUUCUGUGUGUAUUUAAUAUUUAAUUUUUCCCUGUACCGUACAAACAUGACCCUCACUGAAAUGGAACCGCUUAAAAUACACUUAGAUGCCUUAGAAAUGGCAGGGAAAGUGGUUGAUAUACACAUUACAGCUGAUAGCAACUUUCCAUCCUUAAUUAAUCUUAUGAGAUAUAACGUACAAGGUGGACCAACUGUUAGUGGUCUUGAUGAUCAUGAUUAUCCAAAUUUAAAUGGGAUGUCAUUAUGUUUUCCUAAUAUAAAUCAAAUGAAAGCAUAUAGUAAAAUUUCUUUGCCAUCUGAGAUAAUGGAACAUUUUCAUCAUAUGCAAUGUCAUUGUAUGAUGGGUCUUUUUACAGAAAUUUCAAAAGCUUGGCUUACAAUUGAUAGUGAUAUAUAUGUUUGGUCAUAUGAAAAUGAGUCUGAUGUUGCAUAUUUUGAUGGGUUAAAUGAAACUAUUAUAAGUGUAGGUUUAGUAAAACCCAAAGCAGGGGUGUUUCAAUCUUAUGUAAAAUAUUUGUUGAUUCUUACAACUACAGUGGAAAUAACUAUUCUUGGAGUUACAUUAACAGAAACCAGUGAUGGCACUUCACCAGAAAUGCAACUAGUUCCUGAACCAAUUUUCACAGUUGCUACGGAUGGGAUUGGCAUUACAACAAUAGCUAACACUAAUAGUGGGAGAAUUUUCCUUGGUGGUAGAAAUGGAUCCCUUUAUGAAAUAUAUUAUCAGGCAGAAAGUAGCUGGUUUGGGAAACGUUGUAAAAAAAUAAAUCAUUCUGAAGGUCCAUUAUCAUUUUUAGUUCCAUCAUUUGUCACUAUAGCUUUAUCAGAAGAAGAAGCAAUAAUACAAAUUUCCGUUGAUGAUUCACGAAAUAUUUUAUACACACUCGGUGAUAAGGGAACAAUUACAGUUUGGGAUAUUGAUAAUAAUGGUGCGUCCAAAGUCGCGUCUUUGUCACAAGCUUCCUUAGUACAAAACGCUGUUCAUGUUGUUAAAACACUGGAUAGUAAUAAUUUUCGACCAUUGGUGAGCAUAUCAGCUAUUACAGAGUCAGAAUCAGUACAUUUAAACUUAGUUGUAGUUGCAGCUACUGGAACACGCUUUUACUUCAGUUGCACUGCAGUUGCUAAUCCGACAAUAAGACCUCAAGGUCUGCAGUUAAUACAUGUUAGAUUGCCACCAGGUUAUGCUGCUAAUGCUACAGUAAUGAGGCCAAGGAAAGUACAAAUGGCACAUUAUAGGAAAGGAACAUUAAUUCUUGUUUGCGGUGGAGAUACAGAAACUGCUUUAUGUUUAAGUAAUGAUGCUUAUCCAUUCACAAAUUAUUUAGCUGAAACUCAAAGUCCUUUAUCCCUCGAUAGUCCCGUAUGGGCAAUGGCAGAAAUUCUUGUGGAACCAGCUAUAUGUAUUGAAAAACAAAGUAUUACACAAGAAGAACCUCCUCUUCUUGUAAGGCAGCACAUGGAAGCACCACGAAAAUUUAUCUUUUUGACUUCUCAGGGUGCCAUUAUUUAUGUUCAAGUUCGUCCAAUGGAUAUCUUAAAGCAGCUUCUAUUAGAACAACGUGGUCCUGAUACAGAAGCCGUUCGCGCAUAUUUUCAGUCGCAAUCAUUGGAACAAGCAUGUGCGACUUGUCUUAUUUUAGCCACGCUUGAAAGUUCUCAAAAUGCUGAGUUGGCAGAAUGGGCAACAAGAGCAUUCUUUUUAUAUGGUAGUCAACGAACGACAAGCAUUGGACCUGCAAUUGAUGUACAUGGUACUAACUUUACUAAUAUAAAUACAGGAGAUAUGCGCACAUCGACACCAAGAGUUCCAAACUAUGAUUUAAGGCUUCAAGGAUUUCGACCUCAUGCACCAGUUGGACUUAAUACAGACAUUUCUCUGCAACAAUUUUCUGCAAAACAUAAUGGUUUAUAUCUGUAUGUAGGAAGAAUACUUCGACCAAUAUGGAACAUGCGUUGUAUUAAACAAGAAAUUAUAAACAACAAAACUCAGAUCUCUAGUACAAUUUCAACAAGACAAGUUAGCUGGAUUCUAAGUCUUCUGCAAGCAUUAAGAUCGUUUCUCAAUAAAAAUACCCACAUUACUAAGCAACACGGUACUACUAGAAUAACUGAUGGAUUUGAAACAACUAUACCUAGUCAUUACCAAGAACCAAUAGUCGAAGAAAGGAAUUCUUUAGCUGCAUUAAAAAUUUUCAUUACUCAUGCUUGUGAAGUGUUAGAACUUUGGAAAAUUUUAUGUGAAAACCAUUUAAAUAAUAUUGUAAAUUGUUUAUCAAAGGACCAAAUUAAUCAAUUUUCUACAGCUACAUUUCGAGAUUUAAUUUUAAUUGGACAUGAAAUUUCUUCAUUAUUGAUCAUUCAUCUUAUAGAUAGUUAUCUUGGAGAUAAUGCAUCUGUUGAUGCUGUUAGUCAAAGAUUACGAGAAGUUUGUCCAAAUUUAUAUAGAAGUGAGGAUGCUGUUUGUUCUAAGGCUAAUGAAAUAAUUUUGAAAGCAAAAAGUUGUACAAAUCCAGAAGAGAAGGAAUGCUAUUUACAAUCUGCUUUAAAGCUUUGCAAAGAAGUUGCUCCCAGACUAAAUUUAAGUGCAGUAUGCCAACAAUUUAUCGCUUGUCAAUUUUAUUCGGGUGUACUCGAGUUAUGUCUCUGUUGUGCAGAAAGAGUAGACCCUAAUAAUGCUGCCUUACAUUAUUAUAAAAAUAAUGAACCAAUCGAAGAUCAAGAAGGAAGAUUUGCUUACAUAAAAAGAUUAGAGAUUUAUAAAGAAUUCACCACGUUAUUGGAUCAUCUUUAUAAUCAAAGCAUUUCUAAUCCAUUGACACCUACCAUACCCAGUAAACCUGGUCCUCCACAACAAAAUGGCUCAACUAUGCCUGUUACACCAGCAAAAGAAAUAUUGCAUGACAUCAUAACUGACGCAUUACAUUCUAAGUGUGAAAUUCUCCACGCUUCAGUGUAUGCUUGGAUGAUAGAAAGAAGGCUUCAUGGAGAACUCGUUGCUCUAGCAGUACCUUCUUUAGAAGCUUAUCUUACCCGAGUCAAUGCGCCAGACUUGCUGUGGCAAUUUUAUGAAAAAAAUAAAAAUCAUGCUGCUGCAGCUAAAAUAUUGGAUGCUUUAGCAACUAAAGAAUCAAAUGUAACAUUAUCACAGAGAGUUGAAUAUUUAGCUCGAGCAGUGGUUUGUAUGAGAAGUGACCAGGCUGGAUACGCUCCAUACCUUGGCAUUUUUUUACGUGAAUUAGAAGACAAAGUAGAAGUUGCUAGAAUACAACAACAGAUAUUAGAUACAAUUUGUAACCAACAUUUAAGCGGUAGACUCAGCGAUGAAGCAUCUAGAGCAUUAAAGUUUUCGUUACUUGAUAUAACAAAGUUGUACCAAGAAUAUGCGGACCCUUUACAAUUGUGGGAGUGCAAAUUAUCUAUAAUUCAUUGUUCUGGUCAUCAAGAUGCAAUGUUAAUCCAGGAAAUUUGGACUAAUAUUAUAAAUAAUGAAUUAAAAGAUGCGUCAACAGCAGAAGAUAAAAUGACUAUUUUAAUGAGCAAAAUUAUAUCCUUGGGACAGGAGUAUUCAGGAUCACCACACUGUUUUCCAGUUGACUUCCUAGUAAAACAGUUAGAAAUAAAAGCAUGUAAGUUAAAUGUAUCAAAUAAUGGAAUUAUAUCUGGGUUUUUACAGUUAGGAGUAUCAAUGGAGGAUCUCUUAGAUAUUUACAAAAUGAUUGGCAAAGAUACUCGAACUUGGUUCAACGAGGGAAAUGAUUUUCACCUUAUCGAAUCGACUGCAAAUUUAGUUAAUUACUUUAUAUCUCAUUCGAACAUUACCAAUACUUUCGUUAAACGAAAAAUAAUAACGAAGUGCCAAGACGUAAUUUCAAAGUGUUUAACUACAUUGUAUAGCAAGCCUCAUGGACAAGAAUUAAUAACGAAACUUAGAUCGAUUCAAAACGUUUUAAUUCGUAUGUAAGAAAGAAUUUCUACUGUUUUUAUAAUAAACUAACAUUUCAUAAAUUCGUAUAAAUCGUGGAAAAUUAAAAUAUAAAAUGACUGAAAUACUUUGUUCCGUGAGAAAAGGAUUUUAUUAAGACACAAUAUAAAGUGUAAAUACGAAGAAACCACAAGUGCUCAAAUGUUGUCAUAAAUAUUAUAACGUCUCUUUCCAUUAAUAAAAGUUACGUGUAUUGAUAUUUAUGAUGCAGAUCACCUCAUUUUUUAUUACAUUAUGUGAUAAUAAAAAAAUUUUACUUAUUUUA